AAACAAAAAAAAGUAUUCGGCUUUCAAAUCUUCCACCAGGCUUGCGAUCGCACCAGCCACAACGAUCCAAUAGCCCAAACAAAUGUGUACUCGAUUCUAAUCAUAGCUAACAGGCAAGAGGGCGGAGAAAAUAGCCGGUGCAAACAAAACUACCAGAGGGACCACCGCCCUACGAUGAAUCGAACAUACCCAGAACGCUAGCUCGUUUCCUUGGUUCCCGUGCCGGAGGGAGCGGCAGACUGGGCACACGAUGGCUCAACCACAGGACCAGGCCCGGUUUGUCAUGCUCAUAGUCUUGCUGCUAUGGCUGACCUCGACCCCCGACAGCGGCCCGGGCAUCAUGUCCGCCCCGUCCAUCAUCGCCGCCCGCCUCGGCCGCCAACGAGUCGCUCAUUCUGUUCUGAACAACACGCAGUGGGGAGAGUUUGCACCACCGACUCCCAAUCAAGACCCUGAUCGCCCUGCUCCGAGCAUACCGAACAACGGUACUGGAUACCUCAACAUAACCGGUUUCAGGGAAGAGGACAAAUUUGCGUGGCGGGACCUGGACCUCUUUCGACAGCGCUGCCUGGAAUGGAGCCGCAAUGCUUAUAGAGGCAUCGGCCAGCAUGGCGAGAAGGAGAGCGAUAGGUGGGGUUUGGCAGAAGGGUGGCCGACCUGGCAUAAUGCAACUGGGAUAGUCCACGGGAGUUGGGUUCGGGCGGACGCAAUUGAGCAGCGCUCCAGUUCUUCAUAUAACCUCACCCAGCUGGCGCCGACAAUACCAUGGGCCAUUUCCGAAUUCGGCAGGAAUAUCACAGGCAAGGAGGGCAAAAUUUUAUUGCGGUUGGACGACAAACAGAGGGGCACAGAGCUGCCUGACCUAGAGGUGGAAGAAUCUACAGAAGAAGGGCAGGAACGGAAGCCACUCGUCAAGACGGGCGGCAUCAUCAGGGAGGUGUCGGCAAUGGCCAGUAUUGAGGAUGUCACUGGCAGCGGAAGCACCCACCACGUUGUUCUUCACGGUGUGCACUGGCCAAGGCAGGGCGCGAUGCUCCUCACCACGACAAGCGACAAAUUCGCCGGCAUAUUUGGCCUCCCCCACCUGACUCCAGGCCUGAACUUCUUCCGCACGAGCCAGAAGCUCCUCAACGAGACCAUCGGGGAGGUUCUGCGUCGCAAGGAGAAGGCGCGCUUUUCAGAGGUUACCUCUAACCCCUGGGGCUCGUACCCGAAUAUGCCGCAAGAUUCAUGGAACCCGUUUCCUCACUGCGAGUACGUCAUGUACAUUCAGGUCCAUCCGCUCGGCACCCAACAGUUAGGAGAGGGACUUCUGGGAGACAAGGCGAAUGAAAGACUGGAUGACCUGAUUGGUCGCAUCGAGGACGAACUGCGCUUUCCCAGCGGCGCACCACUCCCCCGACGUGUUCCAGAUCUUCAAAUGUCGGCAGUCGUUUAUUCUCCCGAUUGUGCAUAUUUCCUGCAGACCAAGGGCCCGCCAGCUUUUGCGCCCGCAGAUGGCCGCCAUCUCGUCGGUUUAAAGGAAGAGGUCUAUACCUACUCGACCAAGCUGUAUCUACUUGCUUUCGCUGGGUUGAUGUUUGCGCAAGUCCAGCUCCUCAAGAUGCAGAUGAGAGAGUCAUCGACGCCAUCAACGAUAGCUCGUGUGAGCUUUUGGACGACCAGCAUGAUGGUUGUAGUUGAUGGCAUAGUGUUCGGGGCAUCGUCCUUCUUGAGCUUGUCCGAUUCCGCAACACUGUUGCCAUCGUUACUGCUGACAUAUGCGGGCUUCAUCUCCAUGACGAUAGGAGGUAGUUUGCUGUACGAGGUCUACAAGGUACAGGAGCCCGAAAGGCGAACCCGCGAAAGAGAGCAGCCUCAGCAGACGAGCGCAGCAACUUCGCCUCAAGAGGCUGCAGCUCUUGCUGCAACGGCCAGAGCAGCGGCAACUUCGGCACCGCCUCCACCGCGACCGCAGACGCCACCAAUAAUAAUUCCGUCUGAUCAGGAUAUCGACCUCGAGAUCGAGACACACCCGGACGCUCCCAAUAUCCUACCGAUAACAAACCCAGCUGCUGCAACAAUAGCAACCCCCACAACAUCACCGGCCCCAGAUCAACCGGCACCGUUUUCGACCAUCUUGGGUCGUUAUGUCCUCUUUGGAGUGGUGCUUCUACUGCUAUCCAUUGCCGCCACAACUUGGUGGGCGCGUGCGCGGGAAAUCUACGUGAAUGGUCUGGUGUUUUGUUAUUUGUCUCUCUGGGUGCCACAGAUAAUACGUAACGUGACCCGCAACUCUCGCCGAGCAUUCUCGUGGCGCUUCAUGGUCGGACAGUCGGUGCUCCGGCUGAUCCCCAUAGCCUACUUCUACCUUCGUGAGCGGAACAUAGCAUUCUCAAAACCGGACCGGGAGACCUUUGUCAUGCUGGCCGGUUGGUUGUGGUGCCAACUCUGGGUUCUUGGUUUUCAGGACAUAUUUGGCCCACGAUUCGGUGUCCCCAAGGGCUGGGCGCCAGAGGCGUGGGACUACCACCCCAUCCUCAGGGAGGACAGCGUCGAGGCAGGCGGUCUCCCCAUUGGGCUCCUCGGAAGCGGAGAGCCCGGGAGUCCUUCGGCGGGCCAACAACGUUUCUCGUCGGGCGGUGAUGCCAAAAAUGACAUUGACAAACACACCAGACUGCAUAGCAUCGACUGUGCCAUCUGUCGCGAGGUGCUGGAAGUGCCUGUUAUUCGCGCAGGCCAAUCGGAUCCGGCAGGGGCUGGCGGUGUUGCUGGCGUGUUUGCUAGAAGGCAGUACAUGGUGACGCCUUGUCGACACAUCUUUCACAGCGAGUGCCUCGAGGGUUGGUUGCGGUUCAGGCUCCAGUGCCCGAUUUGCCGCGAGAACCUACCGCCGCUGUGAUGCAUUGUUACAUAUAUACGAGAGCUUGAUGUUUUAUUUCUUUGUAUAAAUACCCGGGGCUAGUGUCUUUUUUCCUUCUGGUUUCUUGCCUAGAAUCUCAUCUCUAUUAAUACUGUUGAGAGUCAGAGGCCCUCUAUACUACGCCGAGACUGCAGUUGUGCUUGGCUUCAGACCCUUGCUUCCGAUCAUCAGGAUUAAGUCAAUUGUCUUGGUUCUUGAUUAACUGACAUGCCCUUCCUAUGAAGAUCUCUUGGGGACCAUUUCCUACUGCGGGAUUCAUCAGGAAGAACACAUUCAUGUUCAGCCGGAGAUGGACAAAUGCUCGGUCCAUGCAUGCACCUUACCCCUCGAUUCCCCUCUCCACCACUCUGAAAAUCAAAGACAUCCACCGAAAUAUGGGCGCCUUCAUGGCCAAGCACGGCAUUGAUUAGUCUCAUCGGGUGCAUUGACCUUUCCACCACGGAGUUCUCCCAUACUCUUCACGUGCGUUUGCUUUUUUAAACCCCUUGCCAACCCAACUGUUGCAGGUUCCCCAGUAAUCGAACAUACGAGAUGGACGUAGCUGCUAGUCAUGUAAGCUGUUCCCCACCUAUGACGACACUGGAGGGGCAGCAAAAGCUGCAGCCCAUCGAGUGCGUUAGGAGAUGCGUCUCGGCGCAUCAUGAAUUUGAUGUGAUGAACCUUGAAAUCGGCUUGCAUACAUGUGGCAGAACCAGGACCACAGCCAGAUAUUGUAAGCCCCCACGGCCGAUUGUUUCCCAAUCUUUUCUUCUUUAU